AUGAAUGUUUUCAUACUUCUGUCCGUUUGGCUUUAUGAUUGUUCGGCUUCUUGUCCUUCGACAAGAGUGUGUUCGGCAUCCUGUUCGCGGACGAGCGGGGAUACACUUAAAAACGGAUUCGAGAGUAUUAUUAAGAGAACCAUUACAACUUUUUUUUCCCAAUUUUCUUCCUCGGCAUUCUCUUCCUGCACUCUUUCAUUUAAUACACGUUUUAUAUACAUUACCCCUACUUCCUACUUCUUCUCGUCUUUCUCUUUUUUCCUUCUUUUUCCUUCCGGUUAUCUUUCUUUACUUCCCACUCUAAGGUCUUCUUCCUUCUCCUACCAUUUACCAUUUUUCCAUCCCAAUUACUUUUCCCCCUCUUCUAAAGUAACGCACUUCUAUAUCCUCCACUAUUCAUCUACUUCUUCUUCAUCAUCUACUUCUUCUUCUCUUCCUCCUCCUCCUCUUCUGCUUCUCUUUCUCUUCCUCCUCCUCUACAUCCUACUCUUCUUCUUCUUCUUCUUCAUCUUCUUCUUCUACGACUACUACUACUACUACUUCUUCUUCUUCUUCUUCUUAUUCUUCUUCUUUUUCUUCUUCUUCUUCUUCUCCGCAUCCUCUUCUUUUUCUUUUCCUCCUCCACAACAUCCUACUCUUCUUCUUCUUCUUCUACUACUACAACAUCUCCACCUCAUCUUCUUCUUCUUCUUCUUCUUCUUCUUCUCUUCCUCUUCCUCUUCUUCUCUCUCUCUUCAUCCUCUUCCACAUCCUACUCUUCUUCUUCUUCCCUUCUCCUACUUCUUCCCUUCUUCUCCUCCUCCUUCUCUUCCUCUUCUUCUUCUUCUUCUUAAGUUAUUCUCCUACUACUUCCUGCAUAUCCAUUUCUUUUCCUCCUCCUCCUUGUUAUCAAGUUAUCUUCCUUCUACUUUCUCGCUUUUCCCCCUCCUUUUUUCUUCUUCUUAUCAUCCCCCUCCUACUUCCUGCAUAUGCUCCCUUUUCCUCCUCUUUCUUCUUUUUCUUCUUCUUAUCCUCCUACCACUUCCUGCAUAUGCUCCUCUCUUCCUCCUCCUUCUUAUCAAUUAUCCUCCUACUAUACCACCACCUGCAAUAGGCUCCCCUCUUCCUCCUCCUCCUUCUCAAGUUAUCUUCCCACUACUUCCUGCGUAUCCACGCCUUUUCCUCUUUCUCCUCCUCCUUUGA